ACCAUUAAUCUCUCGUAACCAGUUUACACUCCAGCAGCGCUCCGUUGUAUCAGAUAACACAAUAAAGCGCUUUAUCGAGGCUUUUAACGCAAUAAAUUGCUUUUACUUAUGCGGAGAGAAUGAUGAUUAGGAUGAAGUUUGGGAUCUGGCUGGCAGGGCUGAGAGCGCAUGACGGAGCCGUCCUGCUUCCUGUCGCCGCGUGAUGACGUCAGCCGGCUUCGUGUAUUGUUUUGACUCGGAAUAUUUUUCUCUCUAAAAUUCCUGAAAAAAUCGCGCGAAAAACACAUUAAAGACGCACUUUUUCACCCGAUUCCAGCUUCAGAACAACAGACAGGUCAGAGGUCAUGGAGGAGCAGAGCGGGUCACCAGGGGGCAACACAGACAACAGCAGUCAGCGUAACGGAGAGGAGAAACCUCGCAGGAGCAGCUGGACCAAAGGCAGGAGGAGGAAGAAGCCACUGAAGGACAGCAACGCCCCCAAAGCCCCGUUAACAGGAUAUGUGCGCUUCAUGAACGAGCGCCGCGAGCAGCUGAGGGCGGAAAGGCCAGACGUGCCUUUCCCAGAGAUCACCAGGAUGCUCGGGAACGAGUGGAGCAAACUGCCCCCAGAAGAGAAACAGCGGUAUCUGGAUGAAGCGGAUAGAGAUAAAGAGCGUUAUAUGAGGGAACUGGAGCAGUAUCAGAAGACUGAAGCCUAUAAACACUUCAGCAGGAAAGUGCAAGAGAAACAAAAAGGAAAGAGACACAGAGGAGAUGCUGGGCGGCAGGCACCUGGUGAAUCCCUUCAUGAGAAGGAUCUGGAGAUAAAGGAUCGCUCUGUGUUUGAUAUUCCCAUCUUCACUGAAGAGUUUCUCAAUCACAGUAAAGCGCGUGAGGCUGAAAUGCGGCAGCUGAGAAAGACGAAUAUGGAAUAUGAGGAGCGUAACGCAGCUCUGCAGAAGCAUGUGGAGAGCAUGCGCUCCGCCGUGGAGCGUCUGGAAGGAGACGUGCUUCAGGAACGCACGCGAAACAGCCUCUUGCAGCAGCACCUGGACACCCUGCGCUCGGCCCUCACACACAGCUUCUCUACUGUCCCCCUGCCCGGCAGCGGAGAGACGCCCACACUCAAUUCCAUCGACUCCUACAUGAAGAAGCUUCACAGCAUCAUCCUGUCGAGCCCACAGGAGCACCAGCACCUGAUCAGCACCGUCAGGGACGUGGUCAACCGCCUCGACAGGUAGCUGCUCACCACAGUUUUUAUGUGAAUAUGAUUCACAUGUGCGAUAACACACUGCUCUGAUUCACCUGCAGGUAAUUGUGAGGCUCCGCCCUCUCACGCAGUAGCCCCUCCUACUAUCCUGCAAUGACCACGUUUUUUGUGUCAAGCAAUUGCUCAGUUGUUUCCUAUUUAUUUUUUUACAAUGCUGUUUUUAUCUGCUAAUUUUUAUUUUUUUAUUUAGCAGUUCAUGCAUUUCAUUAUUUUAGAAAGGUUGUGGUUUCAUCUGCAUGUAUACAUGUUAUUUUGAUUUUAAGCGGAAUUUUAUACUUGUAAUUUCUUUCAUAUUAUGUAAGAAGUAAGUGCGAUGUUGUGUUCGUGUGAAGAGAGGCAGGUUCGUCUGCAGCUGGUGUCUUUGUGCUGGAGUUACUGAAUUCCCUGUAUGUUCUUGACAUUUGAAGAAUUCAAUAAAGCAAAUGUAUGAAGACA